AUGGCACAAAAUGCAAAUUUUAACGGAGUACCUGUUGCUUACUGUUUAAUGUCUACUGGAAAUAAAUAUAAUUUAGAAUUAUUUUAUUCUGUAAUGCGCGACCAUAAUGAUUUACAAGAAACUCAAGUUGUUAUGGUUGAUAAAGAUUCAACAAACAUCGAUAUUUUACAACAUUAUUUUGACAAAGCACGAAUAUUACUAUGCGUCUUUUACGUUCUGAAAUAUUUAAAAUUACGGGUUCAUGGGCUUAAAAUUCCAUUACCGAACCGAAUGAAUAUUAUGAAAAAUAUUCGCAGAUUGCUUUAUGAUAAUAAUCAAAUGUCCGCGAUUUAUUUGAAAGAAAUUAAAACCGAAUCAGAAGAAACUGAUUUUUAUCAAUAUUUUGAAUUAAAUUGGUUGUCUUGUUGUGAAAUGUGA